ACCCACAAGAAAUGAGGAAGAAAAAGACGAUUACAGACGUCUUGGCCUCUUCGGAGCCAAAACCCGGCUGUCCGGCCGACCUGCAGAGCAUGGUCACGCUUUACUUCUCCGACAAGCAUUCUGUGAUCGAGCAGGAGGAGCUCGCACUGCAGGACUCCAGCUUCCUGUCCUGUAACGACCUGACGCACACACUGUCCUCUUUUCUGAAACAGGUUUGUCCCAAGUGGUCGAAGAUUCAAAAGCAGCACAAAGAAAAGAGUUCAGUGGUUCUGCUCAUCGUCUGUAGUUCGGCUCUCCGUGCCAUCGAGCUCCUUAAGCAGAUGACAGCCUUCAAAGGUGAAGCCAAAGCAGUAAAACUUUUUGCGAAACAUAUCAAGAUAGAGGAGCAGGUGAAGCUGCUGCAAAAGGGCAUCACACACGUGGGAGUGGGGACACCUGGCAGGAUCAGUGCUCUCAUUGAGAAAGAUGGUUUGAGCUUGAAGGCGUUGAAGUACGUGGUUCUGGACUGGAACUGGAGGGACCAGAAGCUCAGGAGGAUGGUGGAUGUACCUGAGGUCAAACUGGACUUUAUGAAGCUGCUGGAGAGCGGUAUCCUGAAUGGAUGUAAAGAAGGCAAAGUCAAGAUUGGACUAUUUUAACUGCCCGCACACUUUGCUGUGCGCUGAGAUUCCAGAGACACCUUCAUGUUUUAAAGCCCCACACUGAAGUCUGAUCACUAUGUGCCGAGGGGCCUCAUCCUGUUUGUAUUCCCUUUUGUGUCUCUGUGAAAUCUGCGCCGUGCCUUUUUUAUAUUUCCAGAGGCCAUUUUCAAAUGUGUGCUGUUGUUUGUUCACUGUUGUUGUCCAACACGACAUCCCAGUGUGAUGGAUUGAAUAAACAAACUGAGAAUGAAA